AUGUUAAAGGGUUUGGAGCGUAACAAUUCUCAGAAUGAUCUUGCUUUGAUGACUACAGCUUAUUAUAAUGAACGGGAAGAACGUCGUCAUUGGUGGAGGGUAGCUAAACAAUUGGAAAAAGGAAUGCAGAUGCGGAUUAAUACUUUAUUACUUGAUAAAGGAAUGGCUGGAUAUGAACUACCAAAAUUUCAUGGUCGGGCUGGAGAAGACCCAGAAGUUUUUCUUACUGAUUUUCAACGAUGGUGUGAGACUGCUAAUUAUGAUCCAAAUGCUGGACAUAAUAUGCGAAUGAGAAUUCAUGGUAUUUUUGAAACUUGCUUAUUGGGUGACUCAAAAGACUGGUAUGAAACCAAUGUCAAAGGUAAAAACUGGGAAUUAGAAAAUAUUAGUGAUAAUUGUGGUGCCCAUGCAGAUCUUAAUGCUCUUAAUGGAUUGUCUAAGAAUGAAAUACGUGCUAUUAAUGCUAAUCAGUUUAGAGGCGGAGCUCUUCAAAUUCGAAAUACUGCACCAGCUGAUGGAAAUCAACCUGCUAUACCACUAGUUCCGUCCCACACUGUAUGGCAUGAAGACUGGCUGACAUCAGGUGGACGACCAACAGACUUGGCUCCAAAUGCUCCCAAUGCCAAUGUAGGAGGUAAUGUUAUAGCUCCAAAUAUUUUUAUUGGCCAAGUAAUUGAUUAUUUUAGGCGUGCAUAUCCCACAGUUACAGCUGAAAAAACGCAAUUGGUAUUCACUACCCUUGCUCAAGGCUCCGAUCCUGUAGGCCGUUUCUAUGCAAACUUAAAAAGAAUGGUUAAACUGGCCUACCCAACACUCCCAGCAUUAAAUCAGGAAGCAAUGGUUAGACAACAAUUCUUUCAGGGUCUUUCUCCUGAUAACAAAUUAGAAGUAAGACGUAUCGGUCUCGAAUACCCAAUUUCUGUUUUACUACCAAAAUUAGAAGAAAUUGAAAGACAGAAGGCUGAAAUGAUGUUGGGUAAGUAUAAUCCUGAAUCCCACCCUGUUAUUUCUCGUUCACAAUCUAAAGCUAAUACAAAAGAUAAUUAUUCAAGCAAUAUGGGUAUGAGUAGAGAUGAAACGGAAAGCUUUGUAAAAUCUAUUAUAGCUUCAUCGCAAUCUCAACCUGUUUCUACGCAAUCAACUUCCCAAAGACGAGAAGGACAAUUAUUACGACCCAGUCAAAUGGAACCAGGUAAAAUAUAUCGAGAUCCACUUUUACGCUUGAAUGAUCAAGAAUGGCUUCGAAUAGACGAUGCAACAGAUCGUCUUAGUGCUUUAGCAGGUCCAUCUUAUCUACAAACUUUCAUGGAUACAAUUAGUAAAGGAGGUAUGUCAGAAUUAUCAAUAAAUAAGGCUAUAGCCAAAGGUAUUGAAGCAGGCGUCAACGCUGUUAUUAAAUCAUCCAAAAACCGUUGUUCAAAUUGUAAUAGAACUGGACAUAAUUCUCGCAAGUGUACUCAUCCAGGGUUUGAAUAUAUCUCAACUCCAAUGCCACAAAAUUAUCUCCCAAAGAUAUUCAAAAAAAUAAGGGAUAUGGAGGCAAAAAAGAUACCAAAUAGAAAACACAAAAUAUGUAGAGAUUAUAAAAUCGGUAGUGAUAGAUAUGAUGAUAUUGUAGAUGGUCGGAUAUAUCCUCAUCCACCUGAAAUAGAAAUGGCUUUUAAUGACUCAUCUAUCUCGACACCCCAACUAGAAAUAUCUCCCAAGCAUAGCUCAUCAAGUGUUGGAAAUUCUGAGCAAGUAAUUCAUUCGAGCGAACCGGUGACAAAAAAGACUAGCAGAAAAAAGAAGGUCAGUUCUAGUGUGGAAUUAUCUAAAGGUGGAGAUCUAUCAGAAUCGAAAACUGUACAUCUUUCUAUCUUAAAUAAUCAGUCUACCUCAUCAGUGCCAGAAAAUGAA